GCAAAUUCCUUUGAUACCCAUUUCUCACCCACCACAAAACUCAAACUCAUUAUGAAUCUUCAAAACCCAAUAAUCUCACAAAAUCCCAUCCCUGAAAACAGAGCUCCAAAACACACACCACCUCUCUCACUCUCUGUUUUUUAAAAAUGCCUUCUAAUUCACAGACAAAAUUGCCAAGAAAAUCUCUUUUAACCACAAGUCCAAAUCCCACUUGGGCAAUCCCAAUAAGAACCACUUUCCGAGCUGCCCUCGCUAUUCUGGGAGCUCUCCUUUUCCUCAUCGCUGUUUAUUUGGCACAAAACAGAGCACAAGUUUCGGAAAAUUACAGAGCCAGCGGCGAUGAUGGAGGCGGCGGGGGAUGCAACUUGUUCAGUGGGAAGUGGGUUUUUGACAAUGAGUCUUAUCCGCUUUACAAGGAGAGUGAGUGUGUUUUCAUGUCCGAUCAGUUGGCGUGUGAGAAAUUUGGGAGGAAGGAUUUGGGGUACCGGAAUUGGAGGUGGCAGCCGGAGGAAUGUGAGCUUCCGAGGUUUAAUGCGACGGCGCUGCUGGAGAGGCUGAGAAAUAAGAGGAUGGUAUUUGUGGGAGACUCGUUGAAUCGUGGGCAGUGGGUUUCAAUGGUUUGUCUCGUCGGCUCUGUUAUUCCGGCGCCGUUGCAGACCAUGCAGAGCAAUGGCUCCAUGAUGAUCUUCAAGGCCACUGAAUACAAUGCGACGGUUGAGUUUUAUUGGUCCCCUUUGCUGGUUGAGUCAAAUUCGGACGAUCCAGUCAACCAUAGACUGCCAGAUCGUAUUGUGAGAGUAAAGGCCAUUGAGAAACACGCAGCCCAUUGGGGGGACGCCCAUAUCCUCAUUUUCAACACUUAUCUUUGGUGGAGAAGGCCCAGAAUUAAAGCUCUGUUUGGAUCGUUCGAAGAUGAAGAACAAAGUAGGUUAAAAGUAGUGAAGAUGAGAAGAGGAUAUGAGAUGGCUUUAAGGACGUGGUCAGAUUGGUUGGAAGUUAAUAUAAAUCCAAACAACACCCAAUUGUUCUUCAUCAGUAUGUCUCCCAUUCAUGAUAGGGGUGAAGAAUGGGGUAAAGGCAAAGGUGAAAAUUGUUAUGGUGAAACAGAGCAAAUCAGAAGAGUAGGGUACAAAGGAGAAGGGACAGAUCCAAAGAUGAUGAAGAUAGUGGAAAAUGUACUAAAUGACUUGAAAACAAGAGGAUUAAAUGUACAAAUGAUUAACAUAACACAACUUUCAGAGUAUAGAAAAGAAGGGCAUCCAUCAAUUUAUAGGAAGCAAUGGGAAGCAUUGAAGGAAGAUCAAAUUUCAAAUCCAAGUUCUUAUGCUGAUUGUAUCCAUUGGUGCCUUCCUGGUGUGCCUGACGUUUGGAAUCAGCUUCUUUAUGCUUUUAUUUUUCAAUCCAAUCACACACUCUACUAAUUAACCAUAAUUUUAAUUACCCCUUUUUUCUUUCCAAAUUUUGUACUUGUAACUAAACAAACCCUCCACAACCAAUUGAUGGGUUUCUAAGACAAGAUUGAUAGAGAUUGAAUGAUAAUAGCAACCUCACAUUUUUCCAUGCUUAA